AUGGGCUCACUGCUCGCCGUUCCUGCAAGACCUGAUCACAGUGGUGAAGAUACGACAAGAGAUGAUGGGAAUUCCCAGGAGAUUGUAACUUCUGUGGAACAAGCAUCGUCAUCAUCAUCGUCGUCAUCGUCAUCGUCAUCAUCGUCAUCGGAAGCAGCGUCUGACCACACCACUGUCCAGAUAUCUGACGAAACGGAGAUUCUCCAGGAUCGCUUGAGCAACAUCCAAAUUGGCGAGAAAUCGGGAGACAGCUGUGGUGGAGACAUCGCAACUGAGAACGAAUAUCCUCAGGAUUCUGUGACCGCUUCCGAAUUGGAUACGGCAAUCACUGCAUCGGAUAGCGAAAGAGUAACGAAUGAAGCCGACAGUUCACCUGUACAGCCGUCUGAAAUCCCUUCGGAAGCAGUGGUGGAAUCUACUGGUCGUAGUGAUGGAAGCGCAACUAAUGACGUUGAGAAUUCUAAGAGUAAUGCGAGUUCCGAGGAGUCAGCCAAUGCACUCACAGAUUGCUCUUCUGCUCGCCGAACUACUGAGAUCGAGAAUCCAUCGGUCAGCGAGACCCCUACGGAAUAUGUUACGCCGUCGGACAGCACAACUGAUACCAUGUACACUGUUAUCUCCACAGACGACAGCGAUGGUGAAUUCAGUGAGAAUGGAUGUUCCUGGAAGCUCGUCGAUGCUAUAACUGCUUACAAUCAAGCGAAUUCUUUGUUGACUGUCGAACAUAGUGAGAAGCACGAGCUUCGAGCGUCUGUCAACUACGUGUUGGCUGGGAUCUAUCUGAAGCUUGCGGAAAGAGAUCCGUAUGAAGACGUCUGCGUCCCGCUACUGCGAGAAGUAGUUGACCUCCUGGGAGAAGCAUUCAGACCUGCACCUUAUCUCCUACGAGUGGACGAUGCCAACAGACGGUUCUGCCAAAGGUUUUGGCCUAUUAACGUCACCUGUCCAACGAGCGCCGCGGAAGAAGUACUCAGACACUGUGCAGAAGCGCUGGGAUGUCUUCAGUUGACAUCUGAUGAGAAUGCUCCUUGUGCGUUUUUCGAUCAUGGUUCGGAUGACAAGAUUGCAAAGAGUUUUGUUGAAGAAGGGGACCACGCCGAGAUGCGUCGCGUAUUUCGUCACGCCAUCAUGAUUCGCAUUGCAAACGCUUGCACGAUCUACGUACAACAUUCCAUAAAGAAAGGAUUCUACGAGAGGGGAUACAAAUUCUCAGUUCUUGCCAUUAAGACGUGUGCUCGGAUUCUCUCCAACUUCCCGGUUAUUCGUCAACAUAUUGCGGCUAGUUUGCUUUUGAAGAGAUAUUUUUGCAUAUUCAGUAUCAUUGUAGCCGGCAUCGCCACGGGCGCAGGUAACAGAAACCCGGACUACGAAGACAGCGUGGAGGAUUUUAUUGACGAUUUUACUAGAAGUGGAGACGAAUCGGUGUCAGAAGAGUUCAAUUUCGAGGAUUUGUGGAUUACUCGAGAUGCGUUGGAGGAUCGCAAAGUAGCAAUUGACUAUUGUAAACACGUCUUGGAGAGAGAUCAUCCCAAUGAAACGGAUGAGUUCUGGGACCAAACACCACCGGAGCGGACCAAAGUGAAUGUGGGUGAUUUCUGUUCAUCUGCCACCGCUGCUGCGAAAAUUGCCGACAUCUACAAGGAUAGAGCUGAUCCGAUAGUAAGGGAACACCGAAGAGGUCUUGUUUAUCUCCAGGCCCUGGACGAAAUGGAAAUUGCGCGCAUACUGUACGUGAGGGCUCUGUCAAUGCUGUCUCCCAUUAACAGUAGAUUGGCUACCAGACUCGUUAUCCGUGUUCUGCCAACUCUUGUGUACACAUCAGCCGUGAUAUUCCGAAGCAUGAUCAACGACUUGGAUCCGGAUAGCCAUGCUCAUUCUGUUCUGCUUGCGAUGACUAUGCAGUAUCUGAACUUGCUGAAGAGGUUUGAGACCACUGAUCCUCACCCAUAUUUUGCGGACGGCUCGUACGGUGGCUGUCUUCUUAUUGUCGCAUCCGGCUAUACAAUGUUUUCGCAGGCUUUGUUGAAGCACUCGGAUGAAAGCGUUAAAGCUAAGGGCAUAGACUGCCUUGAAAUGGCUCUGGACGCUCACAACGUGAUCCUCAGAAAUAAUGCAACGUCGACUCAAAAGAGUCACAGUUUCGACGAGUUGGCCACGGUCUACGAGAAGCUGAUUCGUGCAAAGAUCGAGCAUUUCGCAAGUCUUGUAAACAAAGAAACGACAACUGCAGAAGAAUUGCGAACUCUAUCGAAAAAUUGUGCGUAUUUGGUCUUAAACUUUCACGAUCACAUGAUUCAAGUGCUGCUAAACCGGGAAGCACCGGUGGAGGAGGAGAACGUCAAUUUUGAGGUGUGCGGUCUGCAGCAGUGGCUAAUCAGAGCGGAGCACGUGAGUGACAACGCCAAACUAUUUGGUUGCCGUCAACUGCUGAUUUGGUUGAGGAUGAUGGUCGGGAAUACUGUGUUGACAGUAUCCGAUCCUGAGAAGGCGGUGGAUCGUCUGCGUGCUCUGCGUUUCGAAAUUGAGAAGCUUAUGCUGGGAAUGACUUUGAGAUUUCCCCAGCACGCAUAUCUGAGGACUGGGUUCGAAUUGAUGCACAAGAUACGAGCUGACGAGGUGUCCACUCUUAGCCACGAGAUCUCGACUUCCAUUUUAGAGAUUCUCGAAUCCAUUCCACCGAUCGAAGUGAUCGACGAAAUUCCUGACUACGUUCCUGUGAAUAUUGUCGAGGAAUCUUCUCUCAUCCAACCGCUCUCCAUUGCUGAAGCCAAAAUGGGACGCUCUAAGAAAGUUGUAUCAUCACCUACUGCUACCGCUGUCGAACCUGUUGCAGCGCCAGCGGAAAAACUUCAGAAUCCGAACGGAGCUAUUGGAGAUGAACGCCCGAGACAUAACAAACUUGUUGAAGCCUUAGCUUUAUAUACUGAAGCGAAUUCCCGACUAUCCUUAUUGUAUCAGGAAAAGAAAGAGCUUCGUGCAUGUGUUAACUAUGUGUUGGCUGGUAUCUAUUUGAAAUUUGCGGAGAAAGAUUCGAACGAAGAUGUUUGCCCGGCGUUACUCCAGGAAUUGAAUCGAUUACUGUCAAUUACUUCGUUCAGAGCUCCAUCUUAUCUUUUGCAGGAUAAUACUGUGACACAGAGGGGUUCCGCUGCUGUUGAUGUUAAGAAAAGAGUAUGGCCAUCUAAUAUCACGUCUCCAACGGAUGCUGCUGGUGAAGUAUUGAAACAUUGUGCUGAGGCUUUGGCUUGCCUUCGUGGACGUUCGUCUACGAGACCUGCUACUUGUAUAUUUUUCCCACAUGGUUCUGAUGAUAUAUUGGUCAAGGGAAGCGUCAAACAAGGCGAUUAUGCAUCGAUGUGUCGUGCAUUUCGUAAUUCUAUUAUUAUCCGUUGUGCAAAUGGCUACACAAUCUAUAUAUUGGAUGCCCUAAAAAAGUCUCAUUUUGAUGCUGGAUAUAAGUUCACGGUCCUUGGAAUUCAAGCGUGUGCACGAAUUCUUUCAAAAUCGCCAGUUCCUCGUCAUCGUACUUCUGCUAUUUUGCUUCUGAAAAGAUUCCUUAGCACAUAUAGCAUUUUUGUCGCCGGGAUUUUUAGAAAACCUGGAGAUUCGACACCGGAAAGUCAAAGGCGUAUUCGCGAUUUUGCCAAGCUUAUCGAAUCUUUUAAGGGAACGGUUUACGCAGACACUGUAAGAUUUGAAGACUUAUGGAUCAGGGGAAUUCAUAUUGAAAACCACUUUAACGCUCUACAACACUUGGAUGUCGGGAUUACCGCAGCAGCUGCGGAGAAGGUUGCAGAUGUCUUCGCACUUCAUGCUGAACAAAUAGUUCGAGGAACCGACAGAGGAUCUGAGUAUAAAGAAGCUUUGGAUGAAUUGGAGAUUGCGCGUGUACUGUUCACUCAGUCUCUGGAUCUUCUUAAUAAUAUUGACGAGAAGUUCGUGUACAAGUCUAGAGCUCGGAUUAUGACUCAUUUUAUAUCGGUCUGUGCACUAGAAUUUAAUAGCGUGAAAGACGAUACCAGGGUCACCAAUCAACACCAAAUCCUUAUAGAAGAGGUGACAAAUCAGUAUGAAAGAAUUAUAAGACUACUGGAGACAGAAAAAUCCUCGUCUGGCUUCGAAGAAAGCAUAUAUCGCAACUGUCUCCUCUCGAUCGGAUCGAUAUACAUCUUAUUCUCAGACUAUUUUUCUGAGCAUCCUCACAGAAGUGUUAAGGAAAAGUGUAUGGAAUUCACCGAAAUAUCCUUGAGAGCUUACAAAGCUAUGUUGGAAAGAGAUAUGCCGAUGCUCCAAAGAGUUGACAUUUCUGAAGAUAUGAUCUCUCUUUACGAUGAUAUGAUUAUCGCGAAAACCUCUGCUCUGGAAAGUCUUGAACGUCGUGGAAACGCCAACCGACAAGAGCUUCGUGCUGCGGCAAAAGAUUGCUACAAGUUCAUUUUGAAGAUGUAUGAUCAUGUGCUCAGACUGAUUUUACGUCAGGAUGUGCCGGCGAGUGAGAGAAAUUUCACAUUCAAAAUUUGCGAAUUGCAACAUCAACUUAUCGAAAUGAAUUACGUCAAAGAUGGUGUGAAAAUAUUUGGUUGUCGUCAAGUGCUGUGUUGGCUAAGGGUGCUGGCUGGUGUUAUCGUUGAAGCGAACAGUGAUCUUUAUGACUCAGUGGAGCGUUUGAAUGAGUUAUGGCGCCAACUUCAAAGAAUGAUAUCUGCUAUGGUGAAAAAAAUACCUCAAUCCGAAUUUCUAAAGACCGCAAUCGAAGGUGUGAACAUCGAGUCGGUAGUGGACGUCAACGCUUUCUCCAAGAUCAUCCAGGAUUCUAUUGGAAAAACUAUCAAUUCUAUCCCAGAAAUUGAUAGUAAGGAUAUUAAGGAGAUUCCUGACUACUCGGAUAUGUUGGUCAUUAAAUAG